UUGGGCGAGGGGUAAUAAAACUUUCAAAAACGGCGCUCUUUUAAUCUGUCAGUUGCUAAUGAUGAUGGAAGACGAAGAGGACGAGAAAAUUUGGGGUUACAGAUCUCUCAGGAGGAAAAGACGAUCAGUGGAUCCCCAAGAGGAAAAUAUCAAGAAAGGCAAAGCUCUGUCGGAGAAACAGCCACAGAAGAAAACCUCAGCAAAAAAGUCACCUGCAAACCAUCGCAAGACCACCCAGUCCAGCCCCGUCUCAAAGGACAAAGUAUCACCCAAGAGGCCAAAGUACGAGGGGUUUUGCCCCAUGUGUCAGAUGCCCCUGUGUCUCCUCAUCAUUGAUUCGCCCAGCAGCCAUGUAACCGAAUGCAUGGACCGAUCACAAGGACCAGAGGAAGAGUGUUCGGCUGGUAUUUCCUGUAACAACACAGUCCAGAGUCACUACCGUAACUACAAGCACUCUCGUCUGGCAGGACACAGGGCAGGGCAUGAGGCAGGAGAGAAUCAAAAAUUUGGAGGCUGUACAACAUUAGAUAUUUGCAGUCCUGAUUCGCGAGAAUUCACUCAGCUGUCCACAACAAAAAGCUCAUCUAAUAGCUGUGGUCGUUCACGCUCCACUGUUGUCUCAGAUUUCAACAAAUCCUCCACUGAUUCAACGAAAAGGUCAGUGAAGAAGACAACAUCUACCUCCAAGUUAUCCUGCUCUAAGCAACAAAGCCUUCAAACAAAGAAAAGGUCCUCCAAGAAAUCCUCAAAAAUAAAAAAAAAUAGGUCAGAAGGUGAUCUGGGAUUUUUCAAGAAAUUUUCAAAAGAGAACAUUUGUACCUCGACGAAAGAAAAAGUUUUGAAGAGGCGGUUAGAUUAUGAGACACCUGACCGGUUGUCAGUACCAGGGGUGUAUAUUAUUGAUGAUGAGGAUUCAAACACAAAGCCGAAUGUCACAAAAGACGAGAAUCAAAAGGUUGAGGAAUUGGAUGAGUUCCUUGAUGAUGAAGACAGGGAUAUUUCUGACAUGUUAGCAGAUGCUUUAGGCAGUGACAGUGAUAUUGACAGAAUUGAUGAAGAUGAAAAUGUUGAUAACAUAAAUGGCAAGAUGAAAAAUGAUGAUUGUGGUGUGAAAGAAGAGAAAUUUGCAAAUAGCGAAGUUAAAAUGACCUUGACUCCUGCUGAGGAUGAAGAUAGUUGUGGAUCAGUGGAUUUUAUUCAGCAUCUGUUAGACGCUGAGAAUGGAGGAAUCAGUCAUGCUGAAAGCAAUGCAGUAAAAGAUGACAAACAGUGCAAUGCCAGUUUAUCAAAAACUCAAGGUUUAUUAUCAGGGGGAGGAAAUUCUAAAGCCGCUAAAAAAUCUGCUAUGGGUGGAAAAGGAGAGACAGGAAAGAAGGGAGGAAGGGAGACAACUCUCCACUCAAAACAGCAAUCAGGGGAGGUGACUGGCAAAAGGCACUCUUUCUCCUCAGAAGUAAAAUCUCUUAGUCAGUGUAGUGAAGUGGAGGUUGUGUUUGCAUCUCCAUCAGAAAAAAGUGACCAUGCUGCACAUAGUUCCCCUCCCAAAGCAACAACAGCUGCGUCAAAGCAAUCUUCACUUUUGUCAUUCUUCCAACCGAAAGGAGGCUCCCGACGUUCUGAGAAGAACACAUCCGUGAACAAAAAUGUGCUUAAACCUGAAGUUGCAGAAAAAUGGCCUGCAAGAGAGCUUGUGUCCACAAUCAAAUCAGAGACAAAUAAAAUCAAUAAAUCAAGUGUCACAGGACCAAAAAGUGCUGCCAUCAAGAGUGGUUUUGACUCUGACCAAAGUAAUUCCUCCACUGGUUUUGAACGGAAGAAACCCACAAGAAACUGUCCAUUUUACAAGAAAAUUCCAGGUACACCAUUCACCGUGGAUGCUUUUUGUUAUGGAUCUGUCCCAGAAUGCACGGCGUACUUCCUGUCUCACUUCCAUUAUGACCACUACAGAGGCCUGGCCAAGUCCUUUAAACAUCCCAUCUACUGCUCAAAGAUUACAGGUAAUCUGGUGAGGUCCAAGCUGUACGUUCAGCCUGAGUACAUCCACACCAUUCCUCUGGACACACCCACGGUCAUCUGCGGGGUGGAGGUGACAUUUAUGGAGGCAAACCAUUGUCCUGGCUCUGUGUUAAUUUUGUUCAAGCUGAAGGAUGGGACAAAUCUCCUGCACACUGGGGACUUCCGCGCUCACAGGAGCAUGGAAGAGUACUCUCCCAUCGUGAAAAACAAAAUCCACACACUGUACCUGGACACCACGUACUGCGACCCAACUUACACAUUCGCCGAGCAACAGGAAGUGAUAGAUGUGGCUGUUUCUCUGGUGAUGGACGCGAUGUCUAAAAAUCCCAACACCCUUGUGGUUUGUGGAUCCUAUACCAUAGGCAAGGAAAGGGUCUUCACAGCCAUUGCCAAGGCACUAGACUGCAAGAUUGCCGUGACAAGGGAGAAGAAGCGUGUCCUGGACUGUCUUGAGGACCCUUACCUCAAUGAAGCUGUCACCCUCAGCUGGUCGGAGGCCAGGGUCCACAUCUUACCCAUGGGCAGUCUCAAUCUCAAAAAACUUCAUGAACACCUGCAGGACAACCCCAGAUUUGAGGGGAUAAUAGCUCUGUCACCCACUGGGUGGAGUCACAGCAACAAAGUACCCAGCCUGCAACACAUCAAACCCAAGGCCAGCCGUAAUGGUGUCACCAUCUAUGGCAUCCCCUACAGUGAACACAGCAGUUUCUUGGAGCUGAAGAGAUUUGUCCAGUUCCUAAAAGCUGACAAAAUCCUCCCAACAGUCAACAACGGCAAUCCAAGUAGUCGCAAAAAGAUGGAGGCCAUUUUUGAAGAGUGGAUGACAGAGUUAUCUACUCCUGGCAAACGGAAAAGUACCCCUCGGCAAAAAACGCUGGCCACAUUUUUAAGGUCGUCGCAAGAAUGAAUGCCGUAAUCAGAAAACUUUGUACCAAUUUUGAGAGUUUUAGAGAGCUGUUUGAAAUGGACAUUGAAAUGACCUUCUAUAGCAAGUGGAUGCAAUGAACACUACCAAAAAAAAGAAGAAUUAGAAAACUUUUAUAUCUUCUGUUCUCUUAAGGCCAGCAUGAGAACAAGUGCAUUUUUGUUCCUUCAGCAAUAAUGUUGUUUGUUUCGAGUUUACUAAAUAUUUUGCCUGUCAUCAGCCAGUUGUUUUCUGCAGCCAGGAAUAGGUGGCUGUGGCGUAAAAGUUUUACAUGUUCUUUUCUUUUCCUCUUUUUUUUAUGACCAUCAGUGAGAUUGUAAAAGUGGGUACUUUGAUCAGUGAUAUUCACACUGCCAUUUUUAACAUUUACAAAUAAUAUAUAUUUUACAUAAACUGUUCAUUUCUUUUUUGAUGAAAUCACAGAAGCAUUUAAUUGUAUGUCAUGAGAAAACUGUCUUUCUCAUGUCUAGUGUUGCGCAUUUAAAUAUACGUAUGUGUAGCUGGCAUAUCAUAUCAUUGACAUGAAGAUGUGUUCUCUAUGUCUUCAGGACUUCAGUGUAUGUGCUGCCAGUUUGAGCAUUUGAAAGCAACUUUUAUUUCUCAGAAUUGUUGAAGUUAAUGUCAAUCAACACAAAGCAGUAUUUUACACCUGCCUAAAUCUGUUCUUAAUACAGUUGCCUAAGCCCGGUUCCCUCCCACCAUAAUGUUUGUCGUUGUCUUAAAAGUGAAAUAAAUACUAUGGCUAGAACUACAUGUAACAAUUUUAGCAUUUUACUGCUUUGAUAUGAUUUCAUAAUUUUACACAACUUUAUUUUUAAAAUGUGUAAGGAUGGAAAAAAAAAUGAUCUGUACAUUUCACAAUAUGUUCAUUGAUAUAUGUUGUAUAUUUGCUGACCUACACGAAACUAAAAUUUGUCAAUUUUAUACUUAUGGAAGAUUUGCAUGGC